AUGGCAUUUGAGUCUCUUUUGAAUUUAACCUGGCUCAUUGUACUCAACCAAAAUGUCAGGAUAAUUACGUGCGAGUGUCCGGAUCCGAGCGUAAUACUACCCUAUGGUUGUACGGGUUGUCAAUACAAUUAUAUAGAAUGUUACGGAGACAAUGAUUUUGACCUGGCUCAAAUCAACACUAAAGUGACUGAAAUAAAGGCAAACACUUUCAUGGAUAUUGUAUUUGUGGAGAUUUAUAUCGACAAUUCAAACCUAAUUCACAUCCACCCUGAUGCAUUUAUGGAUACCUACAGCACUACCGACACACUCUAUAUUAAAAAUAACCCCCAAUUGGAACCUGAUACAAUAUACGAUGUGAUGAGCAAAUUUACCAACGCUACAUUCAUUGAGGAGUAUCAUAAUGCCAAGUUCACCAUGAUGCCCGCAAACGCUUUCUCAAACAGUAAACAAUCAAAAUUAAAACGAUUGCAUAUCUGGUCGUCGGAGACAACUAUAGGCAGUCAUGCAAUCAAUCGUUUAUAUUCAUUGCGAGACAUUAUGUUCGGCGCUCCCGUCAACCAUAUAAUGGUCAAUGCAUUCGCUAUCGAUAGACCCAUUAAUGACUCUCUAGAUAUUAAUCUUAAUUAUUGUUGGUUAAACGAAACAAGCUUUGAACCUGGUUCUCUUACCGUGUUUCAUCCGUUUUAUAUGGAGAACGAGUUAAAUACUAUUGAUUUUAAGGGUACUAAAGGUUUCGAUUGUCAGGACUGUCGGUUUGCUAACUUUUAG